GAGAGAGAGAGAGAGAGAGAGAGAGAGAGAGAGAGAGAGAGAGAGAGAGAGAGAGAGAGAGAGAGAGAGAGAGAGAGAGAGAGAGAGAGAGAGAGAGAGAGAGAGAGAGUGUGUGUGUGUGUGUACUUGUCUGCACUGCUGAUGAUUGGUUAAACACUUCUGAAGGACGCUGUUGUAUUAAACUACAGCGCACACUAGCGCGGAAAUCCUCACGUUUCGAGUGCAGCUCGAGCCGGCUUUUAUCCCUAUGAAAUAACGGCUAAAGACAGCAACUCACAGCUGGCAUUCUCCUUUAGAGCUUCGCUCUACGAUUGAGCAAGAAGUGAAGGGCGAGGACACCGUUGGACUACUGGAUGCCGGUUAUCUGCUUAUUUAGCAGUGCUGUCGAGCAGAAAUGACAUAACUCUUUCCUGGAAAAGAGCGCGGUCAGGAUCACGCCGCACCACAACGCAACGCAAUGUCGAUCGAGUCACAAUUACCCUUAACCUUGGCACAAAUAGAGGAAUCGGACGCGGCGCAGACAGCUGAUUCGUAAGAACGAGCCUCUCUUCCUCUUUUAAAAUGAAACAUCGAUGUGCGACUACACGACGCACUGGACCCUUAUGACUGUUUUCGAGACGAGCACUAAUCUGCUACAUUGCUUCAGACGAGCCAGCAAGCUUCCCACGCGCGAUAAUCGGACCGAUGAAACCGCUAAAUGAAUUAUGCACGGCGGAGCAUGAAUAAUGCACCGAGAGGUCUCGGAAACCGGCCGGUGCGCGACCGUGUCCCACAUGACCUAGUUUCAAAGCGACGCUUUCACGCAGGAGAGAUGCAGCCGCAGUGAGAAGCGAAACAGACCUUCAGCACUAAUAAACAAGAACAUUGUUUGCUCACAUGUUUGAAAGUGCAGAAAGUCGUGUGGAGUUCAGGUGACACAGACGUGACAUGAACCCUGAAAGACUCGAGCAGUGAUCAAAAGCCAUUGUUGUACAGUGAGUUUAUCACGAAAAUAACUUUAUGGACUUGAGUUAACGGGACUCAUUGACCUUUACUCUUGGAUUAUUUCCUUCUGCUGAUUUCUGCACAUGGAUUUAUAAUGAGCCACUGGAAUCGCCUUUGCCAGCUUAAAUAUGCACAUUAACACUAAAUAAGAAUUUUCAAAGCAAUCUGCUGGGUGAAUCUGAGGAUUUGUUGAAAGAUGAAAUACUUCCCGGUAAUCUCCAAGCUGCUGUCUUGAAAGCAAUACUUUUUGAUGACUAUUUUCUUCUGCGAGUUUGCGUAAUAUGAUUCAUUUAACAUAGCUCAACACUGAUUCUAAACUCAGGUCAUCGCUGUAAAACAAGUGAAAUUCAUCAUUUGAUGUGUGAUCAAUAUUGAGAUUCGUUCAUCAUCAAGGUGGUCCGAAAGAAAAAGUCCAAGCAUGUGGUCAUUGCCUUUGUUACGUCACACAGACGUUCCUCCGAGAGUGACUGAGAACUUCAUACUGUCUGGUUAUCGUUUUCCCAACUACAGCCUCCGGCAGUGCCUAGCAUCUGCUUUUCGUCCGACCAAUGAGACGGGAAACUUCUGGACGCACUUCCUCCCUAUCUUCGUGUUCGCCUUCCACUUUCUGGAGGUGUUUGCGUGGGAAGGAGCACCCGAACCGAGCAACCCUUUUUUCUACCCCUUCUGGAACUACUUUUUAGGGGUGUUUUACCUGCUGCUAGCCAGCAGCCUGGCUCAUCUCCUCAACUCCAUGUCUCUCAUCGUUCGUGAAAUAUGUUUUUUUGUGGACUAUGGGACUAUCAGUGCGUACACGGUGGGUUCCUCCCUGGCGUAUUACUAUUACAUCUUCCCUCAGGCGGGUAUACCGGAAAUUGAGUUUGGAGUCCAGAAUGCGUCCCAUAAGAAAGGCCUGAACGCUGAUGAGAAGACUUGGACUUCUGCAUCGCACUCCCUACGAGCGUCAACAUUCUGCUCAUUUUUUGAUGGCCUCUACAUCCCAACCUCCUGCCUGGUUGCCAUCAUAUGCGUCAUCACCUGCUGUAACACCAGACAGCGCUGGCGGAAGUACCGCUACGCUGUUCGAACGCUCGUCUUCCUCCUCCCCUUUUUUAUCUCCUCAACCCCUGUAUUCUACCGUCUCCUGAGUCCCACUCCUCACACCGUCCCUUCUCCAUCAUCCACCUCAAUGUAUCUGCUCUCCACCAUGGCUGCCUUUUUUUACCGCCACUGCUUUUGGCUGGUGGUAUCUGCCAUCUUUAAUAUCAGUAAGAUCCCGGAACGGUUUUCUCCGGGAAAUUUUGAUAUCUGGGGUCACAGCCAUCAAUGGUUCCAUUGCUGCACCUUCCUGUCCAUCCUGGAUGAGCUUCACAUGAUCAAGGUGGAGAUGCGGGCCCUGCUUCUCAACCCGGCCCUGGUACUGUCACCUAAAAUGUCACCCAGACUGCCUGGACCAACAUUUUACUCCACGUAUGGAGUUAUGGUGCUUCUGCAGGGGUGUAUAGCGGGCAUCAUUGCAUGGUUUGGCUGGUGUGCCCAUCACAUAUACACACCAGAGCAAAAAAAGCUUAAAGGGCAUUAGAGCCACGGCUGGUCUGGUGUAAAGCUCUCCAUGAGGAUUCGGAUUUUGCUCUUUAAAAAAUGUUAUAAUAACGUUGACCAUUUAGCACAUACAGAACAAACAUUUCUUCAAACAAGUCAUUUUGAGUUUUAACAUAAGAAAUGCUCAUUUGGCAUUAUUGAAAAUUGGUCAAAGGAUAUUUUUUGUAGGGUGACCAGCGGCUCCGCUGUUCUGAAAUGGCUAGCCUACUUUGCCACAGGGAAUGUAUAAUAUAUCUUAUAUUUUAAUAAUUUUCACUUUAGAGAUUUAAAAAAAUAAUAAAUUAUUGAUAUUUUACCAACACUUUAUUAAUGCAUUAUUAAUAUCACCCAGCAUUAUUAACAUCACCCAGUCACGUUUCCUCCUCCUCCCUUUGUAAAAACCCUUUAAACAGGAAGUGCAGACAAACAGCAUGCAGACAAGCACAAAUGGCUUCGACCAAAGUGUUUGAGGCUGAGGGAAAUGAGAGGGGUGUGGAUUCAUUCUGCCAUAACCCUUUGCAGCACUCCACAGCCCUUGUUUGUAAUGAACAUUACAUUUUCUCACUACAAUAUCUACUAGAACUUAUAGACCAUAAUUAUAAAAUGUGAGGUGACUGUAUAUGUCAGUUUAAGUGCUGUAUUUUAAUCUACUGUAACUAUGCAUGGCCUCUUUGAUUGUAUAUGCUUCUCUAUAACGGUUCAAUGGGAGAGCUGAAUGGAAAGAAAUGAAGCCAUAUUAUUGUUUUUAGAACACAUCAGCGAGUUUUCCUUUCAAGGCCAGUUGUGGAGGGAAGCGUUAUAUGUAGUCAUAGACUAUGCAAAAUUGUGAGUGGCAAAUGAAAAUCUUCAUUAAUAACUUAGUUUAGAUGUCUAAACAUACUUAGUUUUAAAGAGCCUUGAGAUGUCACUGAGCUUUAUUGGUUGGUUGAAUUUUCAUUCAGCCAGUCAGAUACUUUCAGAAAGUGGUGCUUUAUGAAAGUUUUAUGAGUGUCCUUUCUUCAGGGAUUUUAGUCUUAAGGUAGGGUGUGGUUUAACAAUAUUUGUGAAUUUCUGUCACAAUGUCGACUCUGCUGUAUGUUUCUGCUGCUGUGAAGGACAAAAUGGAGUCAUUGAUGAAACAGAUGUUGUGGCUGUCAAAAAAUGUCUUGUGUCUUGUCUCUUUUGUUUUGUCCAACAGGCCGAAUAUUUGCAAUAAGUGUGAGGACAUAUUUAGAGGAUUUCUUCAGUUUGUUUUAUGUAUUCCAUCAUAAACAGGGAAUAAUUCAUUAUUCAUUUCUCAUGUUUGAGUAGUAGCCUCAUAGUUUUGACUUCCUAUUUGUAUUGAUGAGUUUAGGCAUAUGUUACAUUGCACUUUGUUGCACAAGCGUAGUAUUAAAAUCUAGACAGAAUUUAUGAUUUGCACAUAACCUAAUCGGUGAUCUUGACAGGGACCUGGUGUAUAUUUAACCUUGUUUUAAAUUGUUCAGCAGGCUCGUAUACAAUGUGAAGGUUUUAGCUGUUUUGACAAAGCAUUAUUGAACCAUCGCCCAAAUAUGCAAACUUCAUUUCUUAGAAAUAGACUGAGAAAUGUCAAUGCUAUUGGGGCAAUGUUUGUCCUUAGAUUGCUGUCCUUACACUAAAACCUCAAACCUGGAUUUAUACUGUAGUUCAUGUACAAGAGACUAGAACUGUAUCAAAUAUGUAUGCUCCUUUUAAAAUGUGAAUAUUUUAGAAGUAUAUGUUUGAUACAGGCUUAAUAGAAAUUCUAGUUCUAGACUGGUUUAUCUAGAACAGUUUAGUUCUCAGGGGAGAAGACAGAUUAGAGUCUUAAUGCACUGGAAACAAUGCUGUAUGCCGACUGCUGUAGUGUGAACUCAUAAUAAUGGUUUACUUAAGUAGAUCAUGCUAAUGUAUCUUAUUUAUUAAGAUAUAGGCUUAAAUAUAUCAAAUAGAGUAUAUGACCUCUAGAUUCUGUUUCAAACUGUAUAAAAAAUGACAAGAGAUCAAUAAAUUCAAAUGAUAAAUCAGCUUUGUCUGUUUACUAUUAAAUUGCAUUCCUACAUGAAUAUGUUCAGUUCCUAUUAUUUAUUUACACUGUUUUUUAACAGAAGCUUAGACAUAGAUGGCAUACAUGGCGUAAAUAUACCUAAUUUGCAUGUCUGCAGGUGUGAG